CGCCCAUGCGCCUGUCCCCAACACUACACACCAUGUCCAAGGUCUACGACAGCAUCAUCGUCGGCGCGGGGUGGAGCGGCGCCGUCGCCGCGCGCGAUCUCGCGCGGGCCGGCCGCUCCGUGCUCGUGCUCGAGGCGCGGGACCGUGUGGGCGGCCGCGCGUCCACCUGGGUCGGGAAGGACGGCGCCAAGGUCGAUAUCGGCUGCUCCUGGAUCCACGGGUACAACGAGGGCAGCCCCGCGCGGACGAUUGCGACUGAGUUGGGCGUGACCGCACACCUCCCCAAGCCGGUCGACGGGGUGAUCUACGGCCCCUCCGGCCCCCUGGCGGCCGACAAGGCCGCGUCGCUGCGCGUGCAGCUCGGCGCCGCGUUGGCAGCAUUCAAGACGCCGUUCCCUGCGCCCGCGCCGUCGCAGUCGCUCGCAAGCGCGCUCUUCGGCGCCGGCUCGCCGUUGACCACGUCCGACGGCGCCCUGGCGUCCGGCCUCGCGCGCUCCCUCGAGGUGCCGCUCGGGCUCAAGCUCGAGAAGGCGAGCCUGCGCUGGGCGGGGUGGGAGGGCGCGACAAACUUCUCUGGGUCCGACGCGGCCCCGGAGGGCGGGUACGAGGCGCUUGUCGCGUCGGUCGUUGCGCAGGCCGAGGCUGCUGGCGCGGUCGUCAAGCUCGGCAGCGCGGCCACGCAGGUCAAGGACGAGGGGGGUAAGGUUCAGGUGCAGGCCGGCGGCGAGACAUACACCGCCCGCACGGUCCUCUCGACGAUCCCCCUCGGCACGCUGAAAGCCGCGCCCAAGGACCUCUUCUCGCCGCCCCUCGACGCGCGCUACGCCGCCACAGUGGAGGGCACGCACGUCGGCGUGCUCGAGAAGCUGCUGCUCGCGUACCCUGCUGCGUGGUGGCCGCGCGCCACAGAAGUCGGGUCGUACACUUUCCUCCCGACGAAGGCAGAGGACAGCCUCGGCCCCAACUCGACGCUCCGCGACGUGUUCGACGCAAGCACAAUCAUCGCGGCAAACUUUGCCGGCCCGGCCCUGCCGAGCCCGAGCCCGAUCCUGCUCUCGUACCUCUCCGAGACGCCCGCGCGCGCCGCCCUGGCGCACUCGGAAGAGGACGUCGCGGCCGCGUUCCACGAGUUCCUUGUUGCUCGUUUGGGCGUUCCCGACGCGCCCAAGCCGUCCGAGAGCGCGCUGACGACGUGGCUCAACGACCCACUGUCGCGCGGCGCGACGACCACGCCUAGCAUCGUGUCUGACGGCGGCGAGCGCUCCCCGCUCGACUUCAAGGAGCUGUCCCGCCCGCUGUGGGACGGCCGGCUGGGCUUUGCCGGCGAGCACACCGAGAUUGAGAACCGCGGCAGCGUCGCCGGCGCGGUUAUUAGCGGACAGCGCGAGGCUGGGCGUAUUGAGCGCCUGCUCAACAAGCUCGACGCAAAGUAGAAGUAGAGCCAUAUGCAAUAGAGUGUUGUUGGUGCCAGUACGAGUUGAGAAGGAACAGGAGCAAAUGCCACACGUCACAGCCACAAGAAAGAUCAGUGCACAGACAUUGCCACACGUCGCCACACAACACAACACACACUCGCGCACUCGCCGCUGCGCGGCUCGUACGCUCCGCUGUACGGAUGACAUCGAUGCAUCACA